AUGACCAAAGAGCUUGCCGUCACUCAGGUCGACUCCUUAGAAGGGGAUACGGCACCUUUCCUUGAAGGUAUGGACAAGAAUAAGACUAAACAAUGGGAAUCGAUUAGUCAUAAGCACGGCCUCGGCAAUUCCUACUCACGCCCCAAAACCGAAUCCAACCCCCCUCCUCCACCUUAUACCGUCGAAACCACACUUCUGUGGCUCAGACGUGCAAAGAGAUACGUGGCAUAUCGUGAACGCACCCAAUCAGAUGCAGACGUAGCAACAGACAUCAUCAGUCUCUUACCUAAAUCCGAUUACAAAAUCCAGGCAAUUCAUUGGUUCGAACAAGAGCCAUACCCUUGGGAGAACUUAUGGACCCUACUCGAAAAACAACAUGCACAAGCGACAAAAAAUGCACGGGCCAAGUUGCUUAAUGAGAAAUGCAACAAGAUCUCGGAUUACCCGGAAUUCUUAACUAGAAAGCGCGUUGAGGCCCAACACUCCAAGUUAGACGAGGACGUGGUGAUUAGUCAAUUGAUUGCGGCGGUACAAAAUGUGCGUUUCCGUCAAGAAUUGGAGCGACUGAACAGCGAGCACAAAGAUUUAACUGUUGACGACUUCGUGCGCAUGGCAACCCUGAGAGCAGAGCAGCAUGUCGAACUACAAGGGAUAGGGAAAGGGAAAUCAACCAAAUGGUGCUCGAUUCACAAGAGCCACGGACACAACACAAAGGACUGCAGUAGACAGACGAACAAAAGUCAACAAACACGCAAUCCCCAAUCCGUGAAACGACCGGUGGAAGCGACAGCUACUUCUCAAAAGUCAAUACAAUCUGUGGCCUUUUCGCACGACGCCGAGAUGAUCAAUCGGAUAAAUCAAUCUCUGGAGAAAGAUCCUAAGUACUCAAAGAUUCUUCAACACUUCCGUAGUCCCCAACACAGUCCAUUCCCAGGCGACAAGAAGGAUAAACUUUGUUAUUCUUAUAGAAAUGAUAUUUUGUGUUACCUGGGAAAAAUUGUCGUAGGAGUGGAUGAAGAUUUACGUGAGAAUUUGAUCAAACUUUUCCACGAUCAUUGGAUUGGCGGUCAUCACGGAAUUCGUCGCACGAGACAAACAUUAACUGAAGUUUUCACAUGGCCCCACAUCAGCGAGUAUGUGGAAAAAUACGUCAAAAGUUGCUUGACAUGUCAAAAAUUCCGAAUACGCAACCACGCACCAUACGGCCUCUUAGAGCCUUUACCGAUCCCCGAUCGCCCUUUCCAAUCCAUAUCAUUAGAUUUUGUAACGAGCUUGCCGGAAUCUGGUCCCCGGAAGUCAACUCAGGUUCUAGUGAUUGUUGACUGCUUCAGCAAAUACGUCCAGUGUUACCCAUGCUCCACCAACACCAACGCCAUAGAACUCGCAACGUGUAUGAAAGACUACUUCGACCGCUUUGGCCGUCCCGACACCAUCAUCUCAGAUAGAGGCACGCAAUUUACAUCAAACUUUUGGCGAUCAUUCACCGCGAGUCGAGAUAUUAAACUUCAGUUCUCCGCUGCAUACCACCCUCAGACGGAUGAUCAGACAGAACCCAUGAACAGGGAAGUCACACGCCAUAUCGCGGAAUAUAUUAAACUUCAGCACAACGAUUGGUCUGAGUUAUUGUCGGAAGCCACCUUCGCCAUCAACGCCACUUAUAAUGAAUCUAUCAAGAACAGCCCUUAUAAGGUAGUGUUUGGGUUCGAACCCAAUAUUCAUUUCAAUUUUGAAGCCGCGGAAGCUUAUCCAACAAUGGAAGCCAAGUGA